AUGCAUCUCCCACUCCCCUCCCUCCCCAUCGUCUCCCUUAUAUUACUCCUCCUCCAGCCAGCUGCGGCAAAUCGUUACCUUUACAUGACCAAUUGUACCGGCAACCCUCAGAAUGGUCCCUGGAUCGGUAUGGCCUUCUAUAACCUCCCCGCCCCGCCCAUAAACAUGGAAAAGCCAUAUGAUAUCAACAUAUUGGCUAUUGGCGCAGAUCGAGCAGCGGCUUUCAAGUGGGAGGGCAGGGGCGAUGGGGCGAUAAUGGGUAGCUGGAGGCUAAGCUUCCAUAUUGACCAGGACGCGGAUAAGUUAGAAAGAGGGGAGAUUGCUGGCGGAGGUACAAAGGUUGGGGAUGCAGGCCGGCAGGGCUUACCGUUUGACUGCUAUAAGGAUGACGAAAGACGGUUGUAUCAGACGGGCAAUGAGACGUAUUGCCUUUCUGACUAUUGGUGUGAGGUUGGAGACGUCUAA